CUGCGUUCCGGUUCCGGUCGGUUGCCCGGGAGACGCGGGUACACAGAGAGACCUGGCUCCCGUCGGAGUCCGAGCGGUCGCCACGGUCGCCCCCUCCGCGGACUCUCAGGCCGGGCGCGGACGAGCCGGGCGCCGCCGAGUUGGUGGCGAGGGCGCCAUGAGUCAGAGGCAGGUGCUGCAAGUGUUCGAGCAGUACCAGAAAGCCCGGACCCAAUUCGUGCAGAUGGUGGCGGAGCUGGCGACCAGACCGCAGAACAUCGAGACACUGCAAAACGCGGGUGUAAUGUCUUUGCUGAGGCCUCUUCUUCUGGAUGUGGUCCCAACAAUUCAACAGACUGCUGCUUUGGCUCUGGGGAGACUGGCUAAUUAUAAUGAUGACCUAGCAGAAGCAGUAGUGAAGGGCAACAUUCUUCCACAGCUUGUUUAUUCACUGGCAGAACAGAAUCGUUUUUACAAGAAAGCAGCUGCCUUUGUGUUACGAGCAGUUGGUAAACAUUCUCCCCAACUAGCUCAGGCGAUAGUGGAUUGUGGAGCACUGGAUACGCUGGUGAUAUGCUUGGAAGAUUUUGACCCUGGAGUCAAAGAGGCUGCAGCCUGGGCACUUGGCUAUAUUGCAAGACAUAAUGCAGAGCUGUCACAAGCUGUGGUGGACGCGGGAGCCAUUCCUCUUUUAGUGCUCUGUAUCCAAGAGCCAGAAAUUGCUUUGAAAAGGGUUGCUGCUUCGGCCCUCAGUGAUAUUGCAAAGCAUUCUCCAGAGUUGGCACAGACAGUGGUGGACGCAGGAGCAAUUGCUCACUUAGCCCAGAUGAUCCUGAACCCUGAUGCUAAGUUGAAGCGUCAGAUCCUUUCAGCUCUCAGUCAGAUUGCGAAACAUUCUGUGGAUCUAGCAGAAAUGGUGGUUGAAGCAGAGAUUUUUCCAGCUGUACUUACCUGUCUGAAGGACAAAGAUGAAUACGUGAAGAAAAAUGCUUCCACUUUAAUUAGAGAGAUUGCAAAACAUACACCUGAGCUUUCUCAGCUGAUAGUGAACACGGGGGGAGUUGCUGCCGUGAUCGAUUGCAUUGGGUCCUGCAAAGGAAACAUAAAGCUGCCGGGCAUCAUGAUGCUUGGCUACGUGGCAGCUCAUUCUGAGAACCUGGCAAUGGCGGUCAUCAUUUCCAAGGGUGUGCCCCAGCUGUCAGUCUGCUUGUCGGAAGAGCCAGAAGAUCAUAUUAAGGCUGCUGCUGCCUGGGCCUUGGGACAGAUUGGGAGGCACACUCCGGAGCAUGCCCGGGCUGUCGCGGUCACAAACACUUUGCCCGUCCUGCUUUCUUUGUACAUGUCGACCGAAAGUUCUGAGGAUCUUCAAAUGAAAAGUAAAAAAGCCAUAAAGAACAUCCUACAAAAAUGCACCUAUUUACCAGCUCUCGAGCCAUUUCUGUAUGAUGCUCCUCCCAAUAUUCUGAAGUAUGUGGUUGGACAGUUCAGUAAGGUGCUGCCGCAUGAUAGCAAAGCUCGACGACUUUUUGUAACAAGUGGUGGACUUAAAAGGAUUCAAGAGAUAAAAGCAGAACCUGGAUCUCUCCUUCAAGAAUACAUCAACAGUAUUAACAACUGUUACCCAGAAGAAAUAGUAAGGUAUUAUUCCCCUGGAUAUUCAGAUAUACUUCUGCAGAGAGUGGACAGCUAUCAACCAUUUACUAACUGAGAAAAGUUACAUUUUUAUACUUGAACUCACAGCAGAGUAAUUAUGAAUGACAGUUGUUAAAGCUCUUUCUAAAUAUUUGAACUAAAUGCAUUCUAGAUUUAUUCACUGUGAAAAACCUUUGGAUAUUUUCUAAAUUUAUGGAAUACUUUAAAAAUUAGUGGCUUGAAUGUAUGAGGAACUCUUCAUGGUCAUUUGCAUAGGAUAUGCUCUAAAGGUAAAUUUUUAAGACAUUAAAGGAUCUAAGGCA